AUGCCAUUACCAACCUUUGACCCUGAAGAUCCAUCAUCCAAUGAAGUCGAUCAAGAACGAAAAAAGAAGCACAUGGAUGUAGAUUAUUCCGAGCAAACUGAUCAGACCCUUUCCGCAGCUAAUCAAACCAUUGAAAAGGGUGGUAUUUCUGCACUCAAGCAAGCUUUGGAACCAGUCUUGGCUCUCGAAAAAACCGUUCGUCUUUCUGAAGAUUAUGAAAAUUUGAGCAAAGUUCUAGUGAAUAUUGUGGCCUUGUGUGCCAAAGUUCAAGCUUGGGAUGAAUUGAAUGAUCAAUUGACACUUCUUGCAAAGAAACGAUCACAAUCGAGAGGAGCCACCCAAAAAAUGAUUCAAGAAGCCAUGAAAUAUAUUGACUUGACACCUAGCAAGGAAAGAAAGAUUGAACUCAUCAAUACAAUUCGUAAAAUCACUGAAGGUAAAAUCUUUGUAGAGUUGGAGGGAGCUCGAGUCACUCGAAUGCUUGCCAAAAUCAGAGAGGAAGAAGGAAACAUUUCCGAAGCAGCCUCACUUCUCCAAGAUGUACAAGUAGAAACCAUCAAUAGCAUGGCAAUCAGAGAAAAGAUUGACUUUAUUCUUGAAUCGAUUCGAUUGUGUCUCGAAAAGCAAGAUUAUGUGAGAGCAGUCAUUGUCUCCAAGAAAAUUACUAAAAAGAGUAUUUCUGAAGUGGAUCAUCAAGAUUUAAAGAUCCGUUAUUAUGAACUCAUGAUUCGAUUCUACUCUCAAAAGAAACAAUAUUUGGACAUUUUCCGUUCCUAUCAACAAAUUUUCACAACACCUAGCAUUCAAUCCAAUGAUGACGAAUGGAUGAAUAUCUUGCAACACAUGGUCUUGUACAUUGUAUUGGCUGAGUAUGGAAAUGAGCAACAUGAUCUCAUGCAUCGAACCUUUGAGGAGAAGAAAUUGGAAGAACCAAAAUUACAACCUUUCAGAAUGCUCUUGAAACAAUUUGUGAGCCGUGGCGUCAUUAAUUGGCCUCAAUUCGAAGCCCAAUUCGGGGCCAUCAUUAAGAAUCACCCAAUCUUCGCCAAAUCACCUGAAACCUAUGCCGACCUUCGCAGUAGAGUCGUGGAGAAGAAUAUUCGUACAAUUGCACAAUUCUAUUCGAGAAUUGAGACCAAACGCAUUUCUGAACUCUUGUACCUUAAUGAAGACGAAGUUGAAGGAUUCAUCUCUAGAAUGGUCACCAACAAGACCAUUAAUGCCAAGAUGGAUCGUUUGCAAGGUGUUAUUGUUUUCAAGCAAGUACAAAAUGGAGAAGACAAUGACGUAUUGAACUCGUGGGCCCACGAUAUUGUCAAAUUGUUGCAAUUGGUCGAAAAGUCCAACCACUUGAUUAAUAAGGAAUAUAUGAUUCAAAAUGCAAGACAAUAG